AUGUUCCCCACCCCCAUAGGCCUGUAUCUAGGAUUAUUUUUGGCUACAACCAACGUCUUUGGCACCCAAGUCACGGAUGUUCAAGGCCCCGCGUUCAAAUCAUCUUUGGUCGGACAAACUAUCCACAACUUAACCGGAAUAGUGACGGCAAAGGGCCCCAACGGGUUUUGGAUCUCUGGUGCACCUGUGGCCGAUCCUCGCGUCUCUAAUGGGUUGAGUAUCUUCACGCAGGAUGCCUCGGUCAUUGCCCAAGUCGCGAUCGGCGACAUGGUAUCCUUGUCGGGGCGUGUUGCUGAGUUUCGCUCUAAUAACUCGCCCGACGACCUAACCAUAACGGAGAUCGACAAUCCGACCGAAAUCGAGGUCGCCUCCCAAAACAAUGCUGUCGUACCGGUGAUUAUAGGAAAAGACCGAAGCCCCCCUACUCAGCAACUUUCCGCACUUGAUACCGGAAGCGACGGUUUCCUCGCCGUCCCUAACAAUAGCAGUCGCAUUGAUAUUACAGACGCGACACUACAGCCGGAUAAGUUCGGAAUGGACUUUUGGGAGAGCCUAGAAGGACAACUCGUUACUAUCCCAAAACCUGUCGCCUUGGAUUUCCCGAAUAGCUUUGGCGAAAUAUGGGUACGAGGCGAUUGGGCGGUAACGGGUUUGAAUAGUCGAGGAGGCCUCACUAUAACACUCGGCCCUGACGGUCGUCCAGAUGCGAAUCCUGAGGCAGUCAUCGUCGGGAGACCUCUGGAUGGCACCAGAAAUCCGAAAGCCUUUCUCGGAGUUGGCCUCUCAGACAUCACGGGAGUAGUUGCGUUUCAAUUUGGCUUCUUCUAUGUCCUCCCACUGUCCGCCCCAUCCAUCAUCUCUACCCCGACUGCAGAUGUCCCAGUGACGACCAUAUUAUCUUCAGACACGGAUGAAUGUACUCUUACCGUCGGAGACUAUAAUGUAGACAACAUGACACCGAGAUCCCCUACGCACGUCAACGGUGUUGCGAAGCAUAUCGCGACAUUCCUCCGGAACCCCGACAUUGUGUUCCUUCAGGAAAUCCAAGACAAUACAGGGUCCACUGACGAUGGCAUCGUCGUUGGUAAUCUCACCUUGUCCGCCCUUACAACUGCCAUUGCAUCCAUCAGUGGCGUGCGUUAUGACUUCAUCGAGAUCGCGCCAAUCAACAAUGAAGAUGGUGGAGAACCAGGGGGGAAUAUCAGACAGGCUUACAUAUUUAAACCGGAAAAACUGCAACUCGUAUCUGGAUCCCCAGCUGGAGGGUCUCUUGACUCAACGGCAGUAGUAUCAGACGUUUCUGACGGUCUGACAUUCAGCUUUAACCCAGGACGGGUCGACCCUACGAACCCUGCUUGGAUUGACUCCCGUAAACCUCUUGCGGCAGCAUGGCAAACUACCUCAGGUCAUCGCUUCUUUACGGUCAACUUACAUCUCACUUCGAAGAGUGGCAGUGCUUCUACCCAAGGUGAUGCACGUCCGCCAGUCAACCUAGGCGUAAAUCAAAGAACAAGCCAGAUUGAAAGAGUAUCUGCUUUCGUUCGAACGAUUCUGGCGGAGGACACCAACGCCAACAUUGUGGUUGCAGGCGACUUCAACGAAUACGUUCAAACGCGUUCCGCAUUUACUUCGCUGCAAGAUAUUCUGUUCGAAGCGGACGAAAUAGCUGGAGUUGACCCCGUCGAACGAUACACCUUCCUUUUCGAUCAAAAUUCUGAGCAAUUGGAUCAUAUCUUCGUCUCCAAUGCUAUCAAAGGUCGCGGCGUUGACGUGGAGCAUAUCCAUGUGAACAACUGGGCCAACGCCACCACUGUUACCGCCAGACCUAGCGACCACGAUCCUUCCAUCGCUGAAAUUCACCUUUGCUGA